CUCGGCGAAACGCAUAAAGGCAUGCAGGAGAGCUGAUGAGAAAUGAACGUUCUAAGCUGAGCAAUGGCGGGUGAAAUUCGAAGCACGACAGGAUGCUGGACCUGCAAGCUCCGGAAGAAGAAAUGCCCCGAGGAGAAACCUAAUUGCGCGGUAUGCAACUCUCUUCGGCUAGACUGCGGAGGCUAUGGCCCAAGACCCCGCUGGAUGGAUGGUGGAGCUAAGGAGAAGGAGAAGCUUGCGAGAAUCCGGGAGACUGUGAAGGAUGUCUCGAGUCAAAAGAAGAGGGCAGCGAUGAAUUCGAAGCGUCAACAUAGACAUGCGGAAGAAGCGGCAAUAUUGGCCAAUCCUUCUCUUGGGGAUGUGGUCCCGCCUUAUCCCUUACGAGCCACAACGAGCCCUUCCCUACGAGAGAGUUCCAGCCCGAAACCGUUACUCAUCGAUGGACCACCGCCAGGUCUUAGACCGGAGAAUACCGCUGCCUACAUCGCCCAAAAUGAGUCCGUCUUACUCAUGCACUACUUGGACUACGUGUUUCCAUGCCAAUUUCGAUUCUACCAACCUUCAUUGGAAGACGGAGGACGAGGCUGGCUUCUGUCCCUGCUGAUGCUGGCCAAGCCACUAUAUUAUGCAGCUUGCAGUCUAGCUGCCUACCAUCGACAAUUGAAGUAUUGCCUACAGGGGGGAAUGGGGAAGGGUUGUUUUCAAAUUGAAGCUCUACAAACUCAAUAUGGUGUUGCCAUAACAGAGCUACGGAGAUACCUGGAAGUACUUAUUACCUCUAAUCGCGAGAGAACUUUGACGGAGGAGGUUGAGCUUCUCUGCAGCGUAGUGUUCCUCAUCUCAAUUGAGGGAUUUAUCAGUAGCACCGAAACAUGGCAGCUGCAUAUCUCAGCAGCCCUCUCGAUAUUUCCCGAUAUCAACAAACGAAUCCGCGACGUAGAAUUACGAAAAGAAGGAACACUCCCUCAUCGAGUUGCACUUUCCUUCUUUUCAACUUUGUUGGCGUGGUAUAGCAUCACUUCCUCUGCCACAAUUGGAUGGGAACUUUCCGCGCCAUGCUCCCACGAAAUCGAUAUUGACUUCAUCCACUUCGACAAGGUCAUCGGCUGCGAGAACUGGGUCAUGUUCGCUAUUAAGGAUACCAUCCUCCUAGCUCAAUGGAAGAGCAAUCUGAAGGCAGUUGGGCAGCUUAGCGUACGAGAGCUUGCAAGUCGCGGCAACGAGAUUGAAGCUCGAUUAAACAAAGAACUGGAUAAGAUUCAGAUUCCAGACCCGAAUUCUCCCUUCCAUAUGAGUCUUCUGGAGGUCGACCACAGCUCUGUGAAUUCCUCCGUUACACGAGUGUACUAUUUCGCCGCAUUUGUCUACCUCCACGUCAUCAUCUCAGGAGCUUUUCCCAACCUUCCAGAAAUUCGCCAUGCGGUAGCACAAUCCAUGGAAUCUUUCAAGGCUCUUCCAGAUCCACAGUUGGUCAAUAACUUGAUCUGGCCAUUCUGUAUCUCGGGCUGCAUGGCGGUGGAGGAAGAUGAAAAUUUCUUCAAGGAGUUCUCACUUUUUGGUAAUCCAAAUGAUGGGAAAUUCGGAGCGUCGAAGGCGCGGGUCGUCAUGGAAGAGUGCUGGAGACUGCGGAAGCUGGAUCCUGAUUCUGGUAAAGUUGAUUGGAGGGCUGCGAUGGACAGCUUGGGAUUCGAGAUUUUGCUGGUUUGAUGAGUCUGGCUCAGUCGCACCUUCGUUCUAGCAAGCCAAAUCUCGCAAUUCUUCCAUGUAGAACUAUCUUCGUUGCCGUAAAGGUUUGCUCUGUCCAAUAGUAACAGUUGCAGUAGUUGGAAACUUGCUUACCCUUGUUUUAUUUUCAUCACACGCGACUCUUCACCUUAUUCGCACUCGGUCGUUACUUCAACAUAUUUCAGUCAAUUUAAUUUAAG